CUUAGACGAUUGUCGCAUAAUCGGAUUCCUCAAGUCAAAGGAAAGGUAAUGAUAGAUAAUGAUCGAUUGCCCCGCGCCGAUCGCCCUAACCCCAUCGCUUACCCCAUGUUUGAAGAUUCGAUUCGAUGAUGCGGUCGCACGGUGUCUAGACAUUUCCCAUCCUUCAGACCCGGCUUCAUCGACUAAAUCUGUUGUUUCAGCAGUAUCGCUUGACAUAAACCUCCAUCGCAUCGGUCACUGAUUCGGGCUGUGGGUUAGGGGGUAGAUAUCGACAACGCUCGCACGUCGUUGACAUCGCCCCUGUCUCUCUCUCUCUCUCCCUCUCUCCCCGCCAUGCCGCCUCUAACGGCCGUUCCAUCGCUAGCAAGCGAUAACACCACUUCGGCAUCGUCAUCCUCCUCAUCCCGCCUAUCCCUAGACACAGGAUGGGCAUCAGGACUCGUCCACCACUCCAUCCUCGAAGACGACGGAACAGGCGCGCUCAUAGUCCCCCCUCCCACCCGCCCUAUCCAAGCCCCCCCUCACGAUCACAACCACCACCAUGCCCCCAAUCAACAUACAUACAUCUGCCUCUUCCACAUCCUCAACUGCCACCAAACCUUCACCGAACCCGACCACUGGCGAACCCACGUGCAAAGCCACUUCCGCACGCACGAGCCUCCCAGCACAGCGCGCUGUCCCCUCUGUCCCCGCGAGCGCUUCGUCGACUCCCCCGACCGCAAAGCGUGGGACGCCAUGCUGGACCAUGUGGAUACCGUGCACUACCAGGCCGGUCAGACGCUCGCGGGCAGUCGGCCGGAUUUCGAGCUGAUGCAGUACCUUUAUGGGUUAAGGAUUAUCAGCGUUGAUCAGUUUAAGGUUAUGCAGCUGCCGCCGCCGCCGGAGAGUCCGGCUUAUCAUCGCUCGUUGGAGACUGUGAGGGCGAGUAUUGGGUCGGCGAAUGAGCCGUUCUGUGCGCCUUAUAGUCGACGACGGGAGCGGAGGAUGAGGGGGCAGAGGCGGGGGGUGGGGGUUGCUUGAUUUUUUGUGUCUUGGUGGUUUGAGGGGUUUGAGGCGAGUGGUGAUGACUGUUGUGGAUUUGCUGUAAAGCGUGGCAUGUUCAAUUAUUUGUUUCAUUGUGACUGCUACCAUGACUGUCAUUUCGGGUU